CUUAUGCCCGCGAACAGCAAAUUGAAGUAUUGAUUUGUUUACAAGGUGCGAGAUUUUUCAAGUAUCCUAUAAUAUACGUAUGCCCUACAACCUUGUCAAAACGAUUGAGAGAUAAUAUAUACUGACUUAAUUACAGCUUUUCGUGCUGGAGGUUUAUCAGUGCUUCGUGCCAGUGGUGCGGCGCGCCGUUUCAACUUUCGAGGACCUUAAAAGCUUAAUUACCUGUGUUUGGUUUGAGUUGUUUUAUCGAUUACAUGUCUGUUCGUGCCCUGAUACAUCGGGGAUCUUUAUACUAUCGUGCGAAUAGAUAAGGAUCUAAAAAUGUGCGACACGACGACUAUGUGUGUCAAUGGAUACUAUAUUUUCGAAGUAGGUCACAAGUCUGAUUUCAAUUGUCGGCGAUGGAAACUGAUGUAAUUGUGAAGUUAAGAUAGUUUGAAAGAGCAAUAGUCAUGUAUGGGAUGUUGAAUGUAAGCUUAAAGGCGGGAAAUAAGGUGGAAUGGAUAGCGAUAGAUUGGAGACUGUCCCUAAUGGGGUUGCACAUUUGGACACAGUGAGGGCAUUACACCAAACUGUGGUGUCUUUGCGGACAGCAUUGGAAGUGUCCAAGAAUGAACUUAAGACUUUGAAGGAGAAAUAUGAGCAACAAUCACGGUGUACUGACUAUGAGGACAUCAUAGAAAAGUUGACAUUAGAAAAUCAUAUAUUGAGGCGUAAAAUAAUUGAUUCACAUUAUGAGGACUCUAAUACCCAGAAUAUAAAAUUAGAAGUCACUUACAGCCCUCGGGUGGAAGAUAUAGAGGGUACUGGAAGUGAAGUGGUAAUUAAAACUGCUACCAGUGACAGUAAUACUGUGGAUAUUGAACCUGAACCUCAAGAUGAACCUGAAAGUACAGUCCAGUUUUGUACAGCAGAAAAGUUACAUGAUAUUCAAGAGGAGUUAAAUGUAUCUCCUGAAGUGAAAAUAGAUGAAUUGAACAGUCAAGUCACAAGUUUUCCUAAAGAUAGUGAACAAGAAGGUCAUCAACCAAGUUUUAAGACCAAACUAGAGCUACUGUCUAAAUUUGAUGUGAGAAUUAAAGUGAGAACUUUGAAAGAAGGAGCAAUCAUUUCGAGUACUACUUCAGAGAGUGAUUCAACUACAGAAGAAAAAGUACCCAAAGAAUCAGAUGUAAGGUUUCAAUUUGGAGAAAGAAAAGAACAUUUUGAAAAUAUUGAGGGUCCUAAAGGAGAGAGUAUUAAUGUAAGGACAGUUUCUAAAGAGAAUAUAAAGAUGGCAGUGCCAAAUGAGGCUGAAGCUAAGGCCAAAGUGGACAAAUUUGAUGUUCAAGUGAGGAUUACAUCUGAAGAGAGUCUAGUUAUGAAGGAAAAUGUAGAAAGGAGUAGAAGAAAAGAGACAUUAAAUUUAGAUGUUGAUGACUUGAGUCUCAGGUCAUUAUCAGAAGGAGACAACUCAGUAUUCUCUGAGGGUGUUGCGACGCCUGUUGAUCCAGGCGGCGAAGAUAAACUCGAUCAGGAGACAGCUAGUGGCAAUGAAUCUGAGGAAGUUGACGACAUAGAGUUGAUAUUCACCACUGAUGAAUCUAAGGACAUGAGUAAUUUGCAGGAAGACCUCGUAUCAAUACGGGAGUCAGAGCAAUGGACGCCAGGCUCCGCGUCUACCACUCACUCUACUCCGGUACUCAUCAAGUUUCACACUCUCGACCCUGACUUCCAACCAGGGGGUGAAACUAGAGACAAUGCGGAAAACGAAAAUCAGGAGAACACCAGUCUCCAGAGUGUUAUAGCUGAGUCCUCAUUGAGAAUGAAACGUGUGUCUUUACCAAGUGACAAAGAGAUUAAACAUGUGGCUUUUAAUGGCAAAGGAAGUUUGGACUUGCCCGGCAGGGGUAUACUGAAAAGCUGCGAUAAUAAAUCAGACAAUAUGCUGUAUAGAAAGAGCCCAAAUACAAGUACAAGAAGAUUGGACAGCGUGGACAGCUUGACUUGCGAGUACAACAGAGGCUUAAGUUUCGAUAAUACAAAGUCUUCAAGUUUCGAAUUAGGAUCCAGUAUGGACAUUCUCCAUAGAGACGAGAGUAUAGAAAAUUUUCACAGAACCAGUAAUUUCGGACAUAGAUUUUCAGUGUUUGCUGAGACUGAUAUAUCAAAAUGUGGAAUUUCAGAGGAUGAUUUGUUAGGAAAUUUGAAUGUUAGAAGGAACACAUGCCCCAAUCCAUUUCAGUACAGACCGGUGGGAUAUCGCGGUGCGUGGCGCGGUCCAAUGCGAGCGGGUGCAGGUCCGGGCACGGGGCCGGCCGCAGGGCCGGGCGCGGGGCUGCUGGCGGCGGGUGGCACACGCGGCGGCCCGCGGCGAGAAAGCGGCGCGCAGACCGAUGUGUCGGCACUGCCGCCGCGGUGGAGCUCCGAUGGGUAUCUCGCUCAUAAGAUUCCGUUACCGUCGGUGGGUGAGAGCUACGUGGGCGCGGCGGGGGGCGGGUGCGGCGCGUGCGGGGCGCGGGGCGCGGGGCCGGGGCCGGGCCGCGCGCCGCGCCGGCCCUCCGCGCCGCGCCCGCCGCGCGCCGACGACACGCGCCGCUUGCUUCUCAGCGACAUUGGGUUUACGUCGAUGGUGCCGGAGCUGUCGCGGUCUGCGGACCCGGUGUGGGCGCUGGGCAAGCGCGCCUCGCCGCAGCCCGCGGCGGGCCCCGCGCCGCCCUCCUUCGGCCCUGCAGCCGUUCCUGGAUUUUCGCCCACCUCCAAGUUCAUGUCGCGCGGUUCAUACCGUUCACCGUGCCUCAGCAUAGAUCGCAGCAAUGAUUGGUUGUCGCAGACGCAGCCUGUCUACCUGCCCCACACCAAAGAGUGGCGAGGGUGGCGCAGCUCGCUGCCGGACGUGCGCGACGACACCGACGAGCUGCUAUACGAGACCGACGCUUACCUGCGCCGUUCCAUAGACAAUUUGCGAUCCUCCUCAGUCUCCACGGCGCUGGACCUGGAUGGGUCAGCGGUGGUGUGCGGACAGCCAUACAUCCCGUCGGAGCCGCGCCAGCUGCGACUCGGACACACGGUCAAGCUUAUCUCGCCCCAGGGGCGAGUUGUCAUAGGACGAGUCAGAUACGUGGGGCUGGCUGGAAGCACUGCCGCUAGUAGCAGCGUAGUGGUGGGUGCGGAGGUGUCCCGCGAGGCGGUCGGCUCGCACAACGACGGUACGUACCGCGGUCGCCGCUACUUCUUAGCCGCGCCUUCUGCCGCUGCACUCUUCGUGCCCUUCAGCAAAGUCGUCAUGGCCUGGGCCAACUGAACAUGCCCUGCGGUGAGUCCGGCCCUGUCUGCUUACCAUGAAAAUUUAUUCAAAAUUUCCGAACCAAACGUAACACGUACGGAAUGUUGUCAACAAUAUUUCGGCAGUUCAAAAACUUUAUGGUAGGGUUUAUGAUGAACGGAAAGCCAGUAUACAAUAUCGGUGUCUGUAAAAUCGAUUUUCGCAGGAAAGUCUUUCAUCGAACAAGAUUUCUAAGUGACGAAAUUACAUUUCAUGGUAGAUAUCCAGAUUAUGAUCUCGGACAAUCUUGAUACUUGAACGUAUUUAAAAUGAUAUGAAGUAUGAAUUCAAUGUGUUAUCAUACAUGAAAAGCAAUGUACUGGGGUUUUAUCUAUUUAAAUCGAAGAUAAAUUAGUGGAACUCUAUGGUGGCGUUUUUGACAUUAAUCUAUUUAUGAAGAUAUGUAAAUUAAUAUUGAUUGCUCUAUAUAGAUUAUAAACAUUUGCUGUAUUUAAUUACAGAUGUCCGACAUUAGAAAAUUGUUAUCAAAUGUCAAAAAAUCCAUCGUUCCAUGUCUCUUGUUUAAUUGUAAUAAUAUUAUAGGGGUGUUAAUAAUUCUCUCAAAUUUUAACGUCAUGAAAAAAUCUAGUCAUGAAGUGUUUUUAAUAAUUAUGAUAAACAUGGUAAAGUACAAGUAAGGCAUAUUCUGCCUUUUAUGUAUGUAUAUAUAAAAAAUUAUAAAGAACGUAUCAUGCAUGCGUUGAUCUGGCUCGAAGGACUAAAUUAUUAUUUCAUUCAUUCAGUUAAAAAAAAUUGUUUUCGCAUACUAAGUAAAAACUAUAUAAAUUUAAUAUAUUAUUAUAUAAAAAAUAAACUACAACAUGCCAUAACAUAACAAGAAAAUUGUAUUAAAAAUACGAGCGGUGCAAUUAAUUUUAAAGGAAUUGACAUGAUAUUGAUGAGUGAUUGAAUUACAGGAUCUUGAAUACUAUUAGUAUAUUGUGAAUAGUAGAGGGACGGUGUAACUCGUCGUGAUGUGAGAAUAUAAAAUAUAACAAGAAAUUUAUAUACGGUGAUAUCAAAAUCAUUAGGGUCCUUUUAAGAUAGUGUUCUAUCAAUGAAAAUGGAAUUUUGGAUUAAGCCUACUUUAAAAUGAUGCUAGUGAUUUCGUUUUACCCUGUGUAUGUAGAUGGAAAAAAAAAUUGUGAAAAUAUUCAAAUAUAUUUGCGGCCUGUUUCUAUAUAUAACAUAGUAAAACUAAAUGUACCAUUACAAAAUUAUAGAUAUUACGUGUUUACGUAGUUAUUAAUUUGUAUGUCACUAUCGAAAUACUUGAAGUUUUCGUUGAAUUUCGACUCUAAUGUUAAGAACAUAAGACCUAAUUGGAGGUGUGUUCAGAUUAGUAUAGUAGAUAACUGUUUAGGCUAAUUUUAUGCAUAGUUCAUGUGUAUAAAUGUAUGCCUAGGUAAAUGUAAAACUCUUCUCUUUCCUUCAUAUACAUUUCCGAUAUAAAGGUAGAAGGGGGAGAACGAAUAAUAUAUUUUAUUUUUUAUUAAAUAUUUAUUUGUACCUUUAUAUAAAAUUAGUUUAUUUAAAUGUCCUUUAAAAAAAUAAUUCAUAUUCUAAAUUUGAAUAUUGAUUGUCAUAAAUAUUUUUAAUACGUUUAUCAGUGGCAAAAGUAUAAGAAUUAUACAGCUAUGUAAUCAACUGCGACAUUAUACAUGUUUGUUUAUUUGUUGCGAAGAUUACAGAGUAAAUAUAUGAUCUGCAAUAAGUGGAAUAAAAAAAUAUUUAUAGGUAGAUAUACAUAUAUUUAUAUUCUAUAGAUAUGUAACAGUUGCUCACACUUCGCUACUCUAUGGUGCUCUAUAAAUGUUUGGUUGACAGUGCAUCUUGUUGGUGGCUACAUGUUUUCUAUUCCUGAAAACUUGUCCAGUUUGUAUGGUAUGUACUUGGAGUUUAUGACGUUGCUUUUUUAAAUUAUUUUAAGUAUUUAUUUUUAUUCGAGAUACGUGUUUUUAUCAUAUUUAUUUACAUCCAAUUUCAUUUCAGUUAUAGAGGAAAAUGAUUUAAUUCUACAAUUAAUACGAAAGAGUAUCCACUGUAUAAACUCUGCUUUUUUGGAAACUAGAUGGCGUUAUAUCAUAUGAGAUGUUUAAGACUAUUCGCUAUUUUAUUACACUAUAUUUUUUAAAUAUUCAAUAAAAAAUCUUAUUAUUUUCUUUUAUUGAAUUUAGUUAUUAAAAAAAAGCACACAUAAAAGUACCAACAUGUAAUAAAGUGAUACAAAAAACUUGUGAAUUUAAAUACUCAUUAUGUAAUGUUAUUUCGCUCAAAAUACAUGUAAAGCCCAUGAGUUAGUUUAUAUUUCGUCCGGAAAUUUUUACCAAUAAAAUAAAAUAGAAAAAAUAUAUAUAGUAGCAAUAUAAUAUGAGUGAUAUCAGCUGACAUGUAGAAAUUAAAUUGUCUAUUUGUUCCUAUCAGUUUUCUUCACUCAAAUAAUUUUUACAAAAAUCAUUUCCAUAUUCUGUCUAUUUUUAUGUUUUAGGUUUUUUUUUCAUAUAAAACUGAAUCAGGUGAUGUAACGGUACUAAAUUAUUAACAUAUAUAUUUGUAAGAAAUAGUUGACUGCAAUCUAAUUAUAUAUAUUUGGGUAUUUCAUGCGAUUUUUAAUACAAACAGUUUUUUAGCUGCUUUAGCAAGUUGAACCGGUAAUUGGAGUAUCUUGAAGCUCGAUUGAUUGAUCUAAAUAUGAUGGUAAUGAUGAUGAAAAUAAUGACUUUUUAGUCAUCAUACUAUUAUAAACUAUCUCAUUUACAAAAUUAAUUUGCAAUAGAGUAAUUGUAUAAUAGUUUUCUAUUCAAUAUUAAUCUAAUUACGUUACGUAAGGAUAUAUAAACGAGUACACUGUCAAAUGCUUAGAUUAUAAAGUAUAUAGAUUGGCAGUGUAAAAGAGAAACAAAUAUAAUAUAAUAUAUGUUAGAGCGAGACAGAAAAGUAGGAGAUUCUAUAUGCUCGAAGCUGAUUUGGCAGAAGUAUGAACAAAAUAUAUUCUUUCUAUUUUUAAAUUUUGAAGUGUAAUAAGUUUUAAGUGAAUCUUUUUAGUUAGAGUUAAGUGUGUUGUUCCUGAAUAUAACAUCUAUUAGGAGAAAGCAACAAUUUUGCAUAUUUUCCACGUAAUUACGUUGAAAUCUUAUCUGUUUAUCUUUUUAAAUGUAGUAAUAUAGAACUAUCAGAAAUAUUUUGUUCAAGAAUUAGUAGAAAAAAAUAUAUCUAAUUUUAUCCAAAUAAAGUUCUAAUUGUUGACGAAUGGAAAUAAAAAUUAUGACAGAUACGUGAACUUUUGCUAUUUUUACAACUUUAAUUCCAUCCAAAUUCGAAGUUGUCACGUUGUAUAUAUUUAUAAAACACGCACACAGGUGUAACUAUUUUCUUGUCUCGAUUUCAUGAUUGCAUUGCCAGUCUGUCAGUACGUGAAUACGUAAUACUACGUACUUACUCUAUGGUAACUCUAUGGUCAUAUAUGUAGAAUCAUAGAUAGUUCAAUUUACGAAUAUUCAUCUCUUAUUUGACAGUGUAAUAUCGUACCUAGAGAGAAUAAUAUCGGUUUAAAUAAUGAAGUAUAAACCGAUAUGCAACUUGGACACAAACAAAGCAAAGCUUUUAAUGAACCGUGGUUUGGAACUGAUUAUGUGGUUUCACAGCAUAUCAUUUAUUGCGCAUAGUUAAAAUAUCUACAUAUAUUUUCAUAUGUCCACUAUACAAUAAUAUACAGUAGUGGUUCUGAUUUUGUAUUUGAUGUACAGAAUAAUAUUUCAAUACGCCUUUACAUUUGUAAUGUUUCUCUGAUAUAUUUGUAUCUGUAAUUAAGUAGUUAGAAACGAAUUCUGAACGCAGUGAUAAAAAUAUAGCUCGUCAACUUUGUGACCGGCACUCCUUCAGGGUUAUUGACCUAUGAGAAGUAUUAUGUAUUUACCUACAGUACGAUCAAAUUAAUUGUGAAGUAAACUAAUAAAGUAA